CACACCUCUUCUCUUUCACUCGCAGCCUUCCUGUAGGUUUGUUUCAUUUGCCCGUUUGGAUAGCUUUUUCUGAGACAGAAACAAAGUGGAAAAGCCGACGGAAAGAGGGCUUUUGAAAGUGGGAGGAGACAGGGAGAUGCACAGGUGGGGCCCAGAUUGGAAAGAGGCAGUUGUUUCAGGAUAAACACAGAAGGGAAGUGAGGUGGAGCGCUGCUGGUUGCCAAGGCUCACUGCUAUUCAGGGACAGGUUGGACUGGUUUCUCCCUCUACAGUUCUGUUUCCCCCGCUCUCUCUCAUUUAUACCAGCAGAUAGAGAGGAGGAAGUCCACAAGAUAAAGGGGCACAUGUAAAAGGGUUCUCUGUACAUUUCAACAUUUGGCCCACAAAGGACUUUCAACAUGCCUGAGGAUGGAGAAUAUUUUGGAAAGAAUGGCGAGCCAAGAAAGUAUGACCCGACCUUUAAGGGCCCGAUCCAGAACAGGGGCUGCACAGAUAUUGUGUGCUGCAUCCUCUUCAUUCUGGCCAUACUGGGUUAUAUUGCAGUGGGAAUACUCGCCUGGUCCCAGGGCGACCCUAGGAAGGUGAUCUAUCCCACAGACAGCCGAGGGCAGUUCUGUGGGCAGGCUGGCACCCCGCUUGAGAAGAAGCCACUGUUGUUCUACUUCAACAUCAUGAAAUGUGCCAGCCCCAUGGUGCUUCUGGAGUUCCAGUGUCCGACCACACAGAUGUGUGUGGAGAAGUGCCCCGAAAAGUUCAUGACAUUAGUCAAAGCCUACAGCAACAAAAAUGACUUUGACUACUAUAAGCAAUUCUGCAAGGAAGGCGUGACCAAUACUAUGGGUAUACCACAAAUCCUCAAGUUAGGUCUCUGUCCUGCAAUGCUGACCCCCAGCAGGCCCUUUACUCGGAGGUGUUUCCCAGCUUUGGGACAGGAAGGAGGGGUGAUAACUGUGGGAAAUAACUCUAAAUUUGAUGAUGGAAACGGAAACAUCAGAGAUGCUAAGGACCUUGUGGACGGAGUAAAGAAUGCCACUUUGGUUAUUGAGGCUCGUCAGGUGGUCAUGAAAAUCUUCGAGGAUUACACGCAGUCCUGGUACUGGAUCCUGAUUGGGUUGGUUAUUGCUAUGCUCACCAGCCUGCUCUUCAUUGUCCUCCUGCGCUUCCUGGCAGGGAUCAUGGUCUGGGUCAUGAUCGUCAUGGUGAUACUGGUUAUAGGAUAUGGUAUCGUCCACUGCUACAUGGAGUAUGCUGCCCUGAAAGGAGAACCAGGCGCUGAUGUGACUCUACAGCAACUGGGCUUCCAGACAGACUUCACAGUCUACCUGCAGAUCAGACAGACCUGGCUAGCCUUCAUGAUCAUCCUGGCCAUUGUGGAGGUCAUCAUCAUCCUACUUCUCAUCUUCCUCAGGAAGAGGAUCUGCAUUGCCAUUGCUCUCAUCAAAGAAGCUAGCAGAGCCAUCGGGCAUGUGAUGUCCUCCCUUUUCUACCCACUGUUCACUUUCCUCCUCCUUGCCAUGGUCAUCGCCUACUGGGCAGUUACUGCUGUCUUCUUGUCUACCUCAAAUGAACCCAUCUACAAAGUUUUCAAUGAGACAGAAUGCGAACACUCAAGAGCAACCUGUGAGCCAGCUAACUACACAUCCAGUCUGAUGAGAAAGCAGUGCCCUGACUCCGAGUGCCUUUUUGCCUUCUACGGUGGAGAGACCGUUUACCACAAAUACCUGAUCGCCCUGCAGUUCUACAACGUCUUCCUCUUCUUCUGGUGUGCCAACUUCGUCACGGCUCUGGGACAGAUGACCCUGGCCGGGGCUUUUGCCUCGUACUACUGGGCCUUCGUCAAACCGGAUGACAUGCCUGCCUUCCCAGUGUUUUCUUCCCUUGGGAGAUCUCUCAGGUACCAUACAGGAACUCUGGCUUUCGGCUCCCUCAUCCUCUCAAUCAUUCAGAUCAUCAGGGUUCUGCUGGAGUAUCUGGACCACAAGCUACAAGGAGCCCAAAAUAAGUGUACCAAGUUCCUGUUGUGCUGUCUGAAGUGCUGCUUCUGGUGUCUGGAGAAAUUUAUCAAGUUCAUAAACAGAAAUGCCUACAUUAUGGUGGCGAUUUAUGGCAAAAACUUUUGCACCUCUGCCAGAGAUGCCUUCUUCCUCCUCAUGAGGAACAUGAUCAGGGUGGCUGUCCUGGACAAAGUGACAGAUUUCCUCUUGUUUUUGGGGAAACUGCUCAUUGUUGGGCUCGUGGGGAUCUUCGCCUUUUUCUUCUUCUCUGGGAGAGUGAAGGCCUUUGAGAAUACAGCUCCCAAUCUCCACUACUACUGGGUACCCAUCAUUACUUUGGUGAUUGGCUCCUACCUCAUUGCCCAUGGAUUCUUCAGUGUGUACGCAAUGUGUGUGGACACGCUUUUCCUCUGUUUCUGUGAAGACCUGGAGCGCAAUGACGGUUCAGCCACAAGGCCUUAUUACAUGUCCUCAACUCUUCAUGAGAUUCUGUGGAAGAACAAGGCUGAGGAACCCUCUUCGUCUGCUGCUCGGCAACAGGACGAUGAAGACAUCCGUUUGAAACAACAGCAGGCUCAGGAGGAGGACGCAGCUUAGAGAAGAGGAGUUUUGUGGGCAAAAACACCUUUUUACGCGUCAUCAGAUUUUUCACUGAAUUACUGGGAUAACAAAAUCUAUGCUACGCUUUUUUUAACUGUUAUAGUUAAAGACUGACGGGAGCUGGUACUUUUUGUCCAUUGGAAAAAUCUCUUUUGCACCUAACUCACAUGUCUCAGAGGCAGAUUGUAGUACAGCUACAGAGCACUAUGCCUUUAACAGUGGUUGCUCAUUGUUCAGUUCAGUUUCCCAUUGGACCGAAAAGUCCAUUUCUCCAACAGCCCAUUAUCCUAAAGAAAAGCCCACUGCUACAAAGGUCUGUUGUUCCCAAAAUACACACUCUCCCUGGAGCUUUUUGCCUUUUUUAAUAUCUUCAGUUAACGUCAGGUGAACUUUGUCAGGUCACCUUCUUCAUCAUGGUAACAAUAAACAAUAAAAACAUGGUUGAUGUUUUUUUGUUAAUGUUGAAAUGGUCGCAGUUUGGUUAGCUUUGGGCAACAGAACUGGUUGGUAAGGUUUAGGAAAAGAUGUUUGUUUGGAUUAAAAUAAAUACGUUAGUUGCAUCAGUUAAGUUGGUUUUGUACGUGAUGUAAGUUAAAUGUGUUACGUAAGGUACACUAGGCUGGUAUUUCCAGAGCAAUCAGCAUUUGUUUGCAGGAUAACAGACUGCCGGACAAAUGGGCUUUCGGUCCAAUGGGACAUUUUCCGGACUUGGAUUGGGUAAUAAUGUGUCGUCGGAACAAUGGCAUGUGUCUUUUAUUGCCAGUUGAGUGUGUCGAUAAUGCAAAAGGAAAUAUGCAUCAAAGAAACAUGGAAAUAAGAUCUUAAAGCUUUCUUUUCUUAAUUGACCAUUUACUAAACCCCUCCUCUAAAAACUGAUUGUCCAAUCAUAGCUUAGCAACUGUAACUAAGCACAGCAAGUCUUUAAAGCUUUGUAUUUCUCUAUGUGUAGGAGCUGCAAUAAGAGUUUGGAAGGCUGUAAAGCUGGAAACAUUGAAAGGUCAACCAGAGACAGCGCGGAUCUAAUGUUAAUUAGCUAGAUAGCUACACCUGAUGGACUCUUCCAGCAACAAUUAUUUCGGAAUGGAAAAAAUCAGCAUUCACUGGCUAUACAUGAGACGUCUGCUUUUGUCAACCUGUCUGAAAUCAAGGAUCCAUUGUUUCAGAAAUGAUAAAGUAUUUAGAGUGGUGAAUGCACCAUUAUCAGAUAUGUGCUGUGCAAGAACAGAAAUCUAGCAACAGUAAAAGAGGGGAUUAGUGAACAAACAGUCAGUGGAAAAUAAAGCAUGCAUCUGGGAAUGAGGGCUUUAAAAUGCGCACAUUUUAAUAUUGUAGAUGGGUAAUUUGCAUGAUUUAUGAAAUGGCAGUCUCUCAUUGGAGAUGAAACAAUUUUAAUUCAUUUAGAAAGUUUCUCUUGUUAACAGACAGGUCUUUUUCUCAGUUUUAAUGAAAUGUCUGUAGUUUGUUUAUGGUUCUUUUGAACAUGCUGGAAAACUAAACUGUAUAAAUGGCUUCCGCUGAGGUGAACUGACAUUUCUAAACCCUGUUUUGGACUUUUAAUAGUUCCUCCCACUGCCACUGGCCAAUAGAAACUUGAAGCCAUUCAUGUGCCUAAUUUACAGUGUUAAUGUCGGUCUAUUUGCACCUCUUUGACCUAAACUUCUACCUAAUUGUUUACAGUUUAUGCAAUCAGAAUCACAUGAUCAUCCGUGCUCUUCCUUUAGUAAGGUGCACUGUGACUGCACUUUAAUUUCUGUUCACACGUAACUGUUUUUUAUCUGUAUAAAUGAAUACUGGUGAUGUUGCUGAGGCUAGCUGCUUUGUAUUCUCUUAUAUUGAAGUUUUUACUGUAAAGCAGUGUAGUUUUACAUUCAUUUGCUUGGCAGUGCAGUCGGUUUAAUAAACAGUAUUUGAGGCAAUUUGAGCCUCCACCACAUAAAA